AAUCCUCUCCGGCUGCAAUCUACGAACAAGAUUUGUGCCAAGUGCCAAGUUGCAAGUCAAACAUAAUUGGAAUGAUAACCUUGAAUUAUUCUUAACUUAACGAGCUUGACCUCAUUCAACAGUGAACAGUUUUCCUCAGAAAUAUCAGUCGUCCUCGUCGUUUAUUAAUAUCUUGUGCUGUGCAUGAUCGUUUCUGCAUUUUAUUUUUAAACAAAUCUAUUUCGCUCAGCUCGUGUGCAAAAAUAUGUGUCAGAUAUGAACUACGACUUUCCUCUUCAUCACUACUCGGAUUACGAAAACAUUGAGAAACACUCAUCUGUUGUCAAACCGGGCACUGUUUUAUUGACCUGCAAACCCUUUGCUUACUCGCUUUCUCCGAAUUUGAAUGAAAUUCGGUGCAACACCUGUUUUAAACUUGAGGGGAAAUCUGGAGGAUGUGAGGGUCUGAUUCUGCUCCGCUGUGGGGGGUGCCAACAGGUCAGAUUUUGCAAUCGAGAAUGCCAGCGGCAAGGUUGGAACGAUGGUCACAAGUAUGAGUGCAAGGGUUUCGGCCUUCAGAAACGGGUUGCAGGCUCAUUCACACGAUUACUGAUUCGUAUUAUUGUCAAACUCCAGAAAAAUAGCGACUAUUAUGAUGAAGUCAGUCGCCGAAAAGUUCGUCGGAGAUUUAAGGAUCUGGUUUCUCAUUUUGCUGAUCUCAAAACCGACAAAACUAGAAUGGAACAAGUGGAAGCAAUGUCACACAUUGCGAGAUCUGUGUUGCUCCACCACCCUGAAAUAAAGUUUCCUAAUGAGACAGAGUUACUAGGAAUAUGCGGACGGAUAUUCGUAAAUACCUUUAGCAUCACGGAUUACGAAAAUCAUACAAUUGGUAUAGGUUUGUACAUUGGAGCAUCCGUUUUUGAUCACUCGUGUCAACCGCUAGCCGUUGCCAAUUUUGACUCGACAGAUAUCAUUAUUCGGAAUAUUCGGGAAUUUCCUAUAACUCUGCCAAUUCUUAAAGUGACAAUUUCUUACCGAGAUGUCAUAAAACCCACAGAAAUUAGAAAGGCUGAGCUACUAAAGUGUUAUUACUUUGAAUGUCAAUGUGAACGGUGCAGUACAUUUUUAUUUGAUAACACAAUGCAAUCGGUUGUAUGCCCCAACAAGUGUGAUGUUGAGAUUAAUCUGAAACUUCAUCAAGAAUGCCCAAAGUGUAAAUAUAAGUUUGAGGAAGAUUACAUUCAAAAAGUAGCAGAUGCUGAAGAAGCUGCAAAAAUGAAAAUAACAGAAAUGGGUGAUACAGCAUAUUUGGAUGUGGCCGAAGUGUAUAUAAGAAUUCUCACAAGUCUUCAUUUUUCGGAAAUACAUUGGUUGCUGACUGAGAUGUACGGAGUAGGAUUCGAUAGUUGUAUCGACACUCAACGGUGGGAAUGUGCUUAUCAAUAUGGGACAAUGGCGCUCAAAGGUUAUCGACAUUACUUGUUCGAGUUUGACAUGUCUUUGGGAUUGAUGUUUUUGAGGAUGGCAAAGUUAUCUUGGUACUUGGAGAAAGAAAAGGAAGCAAAGAGUUACAUUGUUGAAGCAAAAAAAAUUCUGGACGUGACACAUGGACUUAACUCGCCUUUUGCUCGCCAACAUAUUUUUCCAUUAAUUAGAGAAAUUAGCAUGUGCUGCAGAUUUAGCAAUCAACUAUCCAUACCUUGAUUAUGCAAUCAUACUUACAGCUACAUACACAGGUCCUAAUUGUAUAGCAAAUGAGACAGAAUUAAAAAACUUGAGUUUUAAGAAAAAACAA